AUGAACACGAGAAAAUCGUGCCAACUUGGCAUUUUAAGGGUACGCGAAAAUCACCAGGAGGUUAGCAGUUAUUGUGAUUCUAUUUAUAGACAAAACAAUGACGUGUUAGCUGAUGGGGUACAUCUGUUGUUAGCAUUCAAUCUAGCUAGAUCACAUACAGGAGGGUUAAUACGUACCAUUAAAAUUCUUCAAGAACACACAGACUUGUCUCUACCAUGUACUCAUUUGAUGGCCAAGAUGUAUAAAGCCAGGGACCAUUGCUGGGAAAAGAUUGGUUAUCAGUUACAGUUGACUGUAGCGGGCAGCGAUGGUGGUACAUCGGAGGAACACGAUAAUUCUAAACCAGAGAACGUCCUCACACCCUCCUGGACAGACCCUUCACCACCAUAUUUGACAGCCGAGGGCACAACAAAAGUGAACAUGUUCUUCAAGUCUUCAGAAUUGAUACAACUAUCUAAGCUGAAAAUAAAGGUUGUGUCUGGUGUUAAAGGUGCCAAAAGGGGACUAGUAUUUGUUUACAGAGACAUGGAGGAGUUUAAUCUGGCACAGCAUGUACAGAGAUUUCAGGCCUAUGAUAGCUGGGGAAAACUAGAGUAUCAGUUUAGUGUACAAGUCAGAAGUGCUGGUAUAGCAGGCAAACCUGACAACCCUGUGGCAUACUUUUCAUUAGAUGAUGAUUGUGAUGAGAUAGAAGUCCCUGUUUCUUGGCACCCAGUUGGACAGUAUGUACUGGUGAAGUUUCUGGAACCAAGGAAGACAAGUUCUGUGAUUGGUAUUUCAGGAAUUAAGUUCUUCGGUUUCACCAGAAAACCUGUCAAUGUUGAUGAUCAAGUUGUGUUUUCUGCCAGUCAGGGUUCAUUGGUCUGGGUCCAACAUGAUUCUGUAUUGAUAUUUAGGGGUGAGGAAAAGUGGCAGACAUUUUCUCAGAUGACAUUACAACUGAUUUUCUGUCUCCUCCCUGCAUUCACUGGACUGUCAGGUGAAAGUAAGGUGUCAGCAGAGGCGUUAUUUCAACACUUGUGUAAAACUGUAGACAACCAGAAAAUAGAUAAAAAUAGCCGACAUUAUAAACUGUGUAGACAACUCAUUAUUGAUGGGGCUGCAGUUUUCUUCUCUGAUAAAGAGGCAAGGAAAAAACAGCUGUUCUCUAUGAUGCAAAAAGUUGAGACUCUGUCAGAGACACCAUCAGUUAUGCUGGUAUUUCAGUCACUGUGCCAAUUCUUCAGUUCUGUUGAUCCUCGUGGAUUACUAGACCUGCCGAAAAAUCCCACCGAUACAUUUGACCCUUCACAAGUUUUAGAGGUAAUGGAAACCAUGGUUAUGGUGACAUUCCACGAGUUUAGUCUGGUUGUGAAGUCUGGGGCUGCCAAUGACCAGUUACUUCCCUUGCUGCAGUUAGUAAGUUCUCUGCAGACGUCACUUCUUGCUUGGACAUGGUGGCAGAUGUCAGAAGGGUCAGAUGCCAUAAAAGUCAAAGGCAUGCAUACUGCCACUACAUAUGCCAUCCUGGUAGCCCAGCGAGCGACUGAAGCCUGCAAGCUUCUACAGACCAAAGAUGAGGAAUACUUGAAGGUGCUCGUACCUAAGAUAGAGACAUCGUUCCUCGGCUCCGUCGUUAGACAGAUGGUCUUGUUGAUGACCUAUCUAUGUCCGAGCCUCAGUUCCACCUCGAGGGUCAGUCUGCUGAAGAAAUUACAGCCUUUAAACCAGGAGCUGAUGAAACUGGCUGCCCUGAUACCAGAUGUCUUUCCUACUAUAAGUAGCUCACACUGGCAAAGUGCUCACUCUGAGGAUAUUGUAUUGAGAACAUGGGAGGUUGAAUCUGCCCACAACUAUGAGAAUAAUGUCCACUAUACACAAGUUUUUAGUUGUCCUGGAGCUACCAAGUUUAUUGUAGAGUUUGAUGCCAGAUGUGAAACAGAGAGAAGAUAUGAUUACCUGGUGUUCACAGAUGCCCGAGGUCAGCAAAUGAGAUUUGACCAAAAAGUGGGAUCACAGAAAUGGCCAAAACAGAUCCAAUUUAUGGGGCCACAUAUACAUUUCUUGUUUCACUCAGAUAGCAGUAACACUGAAUGGGGUUACAAGUUCAAGGUCACUGCAAGAGGAAGUCCUGAUAUGCCCCUCUCCUGGCCAUUUGACCUUCAACUUGGACUCACUAAACUUGUAGGAAAGUUAUGUGGAGCUACACUCAAUGCUAAUCCAGUUUUACCACGAGAUCAGUUGAUGGAGCUAGAGGAAGCAGCAGAGCAGGAUAUAUUACGAAGUGAACUGUGGACUACAUUGUUUAGAGGUGGUUAUAUGAUAGGAAAACUACAGAGGUCGCUAUCUGGCAGAUAUGAAUCUGAAGAUACUACAGUGGUACUAACUUUUCUCUGGAGUAUGAUAAAUGGGGAAGAGAGAUCGGUUCAGUUCUUACAGAAAUGUAGAGAAGGUAGUAAGAUGUUACCUAUGGGUGGUGAAAGUGUAACAGCAGCUGUUAUAGCAGUAUUCUGUGCUCUAGUCUGGCAUACACAACAACUGAGAGAGGAUCUCGAAAAAUAUGUGAACAAUGUAAGGGAAGGUAGUGUAUCAGACGGUCUAUGUCAGGCAUACACAGCAGCUGAGACAUUACGGCCAUUACUGGUACAACAACGUCAGAAAAUUGCUGCUGAAAAUAAUGACAAUAUAGUGAUUAAAGAUGAAGAUGAUCCCACAACAAUAUGUAAGCAGAAGGCCCUUUAUUUGUUGAAGUUUGCUGGACUUACCAAAACUCAGCUGAAACAAGAGCUAACAAAAAUGAAACUGUCGAAGCAGAUGAAGAAACAUUCAAGACGUGGUGAGAAGUUUGGUAAUAAGUUUGACUUGUCAGAGAAGUUUCCUUCAUUUAGACUGGUUUUAGAGUUUGUUCAAGAUCAAGCUUGGAGUACAGAAAAAGUACACAACAUGUUACAAGAAAGAACACAACAUGGUCAAGCUGUAGCUGAUGUUUAUAUGAUCAGUACAGAACUUAUACAAAUGUUAUCCGAGGACAAACCUUUCCAGAUUCUCAUUGUAUUGUUUCUACAAGAGAUGUUAAGUUAUCAGGUUGGGUUUGCUCGACACUAUGCGGAAGGUUUAGAUGGGUGUGGCCUCGAACAGGAAGCUAAAGUUAGACACUCCUUUUAUACACUCAUACGCAGACUCACUGAUGCCUUCCAUAAAUACAGGAGACAUGAUCUAGAUCCGAAAUUACAUGCAGCCUAUGACUAUAUACAGGGAGCUUUGUUACAUUUACUGGACAUUCACUGGCAGCCAUAUGAUCUGAACUUCAUUUCUGAUGUGAAGUUGCCAGCACUAUUUUCUAUGGUUGCCAAGGAAACAGUCAAGAUGCGAGAUUGUCGUAUGGAGAAGCUAGAUGAGGUGGAGGAACUGAAGGAGUACACACAACAUAUGAAAUGGUUUGAUGAGUGUAGCAGUGGCUCGUUUGUUGACUGGUAUAAAAACAAGGAAGAUUUAGCUGAUGAUGAGAAAAAGGCUGUACAGAUGUUUAUAGCAAGGUUCUGUGACCUACUUGAGGUAGAAGUGAAUUGUGAUGGCUGUAAUGUUACUCUUCCAGGACGUAGAUAUAGAUGUUUACAUUGUAUAGAUAUGGAUCUAUGUGCCACAUGUUAUGCUGGUGGAGUAGAACCAGAGAAACAUACAGAUGAGCAUGAUAUUAUACACCUUGUGUACAAGUGCAACAAAUGUCAGGCAUUUAUAGUUGGUACCAGGAUGCAUUGUAAUGAAUGUGAAGAUUUUGACCUUUGCCUGGGCUGUCAUAUGAAGGGCAGCCUCCCCACUGGUCACUCUCCACAACAUGCUAUAACAAAGUUCUAUCAGAUGAAAUUGAAAACAUCUCAGGAGACAGAUUCUCUGAUUCAGGCAUACAUUCAUCAACAUGUGUGGAUGUUGUUUACAUUGUUGGCCAUCUCUAUGGGGGAUAUUAUAUAUAACACGGAGAAUGGUGUUGCCAUGGACCAUGAUUACACUUCUUUGGCAACACAUCUACAGAAUCAGUGUAUCUCUAUAACAACACAUUGUUUACAACAGGUUCCAGACGAUGAGGAUGAGAAUUUGAAGAGGCCUCUGCAAGCAAAAAUCGAGGCAUCAAAUAAUGCAGAGGUUAAAUCCGAUACUGAAGGAAAAGAGAAAGCAGUGAAUUUGUUUGAGGAUAGAACUGUUGAGACAAGACAAGAAGAGGCUUUCUCCAUUCACUCCCAGGAAAGAUUCAUGGGGCUACUGGGUGCCAUGAUUCCUCAUGAUGCAAAUGCUGGGCCCAGUGGAUCUAGUUUCAAUUUUAUGACGCAAGAAUUUCUGAAGCUGCUGUUUAAAAUUUCAAGAGGUCAGAGCGGUCAUGAAGUAAACACCAGACAUCUUGCCAUGGGUUUGUUGGGAUUGUUACUGACUAAAUGUCCGGUCAAGGUAGCAGACAGCUCAGUGGACAGGGAGGUUACCAGUGGUGAAAUGGAGGGAUACAGUACCAUCAAAUAUCUGUUUACAUUUGGAGCCUCUUGUCUAGAAAAAUCUGGUUUAGAAUGGUCAUGCUCUGUUGCUAGGAUACUCCAAAGAUUAUAUAACUCCCGUGAAUGGAAACUUGUGCUACACCAUCAUCUUACGGAAUGUGUACAGAAUAUUGCCAAGAAACCAGAGCUGUCUUCAAUUUUUGCAAUGUUUGUAAUGGCUGGUUUUCCUGAGGUUUUGACAACUGGAACACUGGUGAUGUAUAAUCAUACAGGAAUGGAUAAUAAAAGAGGUGUGGUUCUUAAACACUACCCAGAUAAACAUACUACCCUGCUUGUAGAUGUCAAAACAAGGAAGAGACAUACUGUACCAGACAAGUAUAUAGACUGUGUAUCAAUGACUACAGAGGUCUGGGACUCUACAAAUAUUGUUGAGUUUGUUGAUAUUGUCAAAGAUAUUGUGGAAAGGAAAAGUUCUGAGACUGUUGAAAAUGUAGAGAAUUUGUGGGUGUUGUCGCUGGCUUUGAAACUUCUACAUAACAGUUUACAGAGUGCCAGUAAUUGUUGUAUAAAUGAGUUAUACGCCCCUGACUUUAUACAAUGUCUUGUUUCCACGGCAAGUAAGGGGACGGGAUUUAGUCAACAGUGGUUACUGAAAGAUUUGGAGGUACUAUCUCUGAUGUUGUAUACACACGAGGGCUGUACGACUACUGUAAAGAAAGCACCUGCCUCUGUGAACGAGUUACAAAAUAAACUCAAGGAAGCGAUCAAGAACUCCAAAUCUCUGAGUAAAGACGAAGAUUCGGACAGUGACGAGAGUCUGAUAAGUGACUCGUCAUCGUCAGUGUCGUCUGGUAACACGGAGAUAAACAUCGUUGAUGAGCUGGACAUGUUCCACGAACUUGAUGAGAAAACACAACUCAUGUUUAGAAUAUUACGAAGUGACCUGAACUUGCCGAUAUCUGUGUUAAAAGUUAUAUAUGACAUGAAUGACAGAAACCCAGAUGCUGUGGUGAAAGCUAUCCUGGAAAAUUUUGAAGGUGUUGAUGCUACUCCUAAAGAAAUCAUCAAGAAACUUUCAGAAAAAUGGGACGUAAUUCUACAGUCUCAGCAUCCAGAGGCAAUACUAAGUACAACACUGUCAGAAAAAGUCAUUGAUACAGGAAUACAUUACCAUCCAUCCCUCAAACAAACUGAGAGGAAAAUAGAGAAAGCGACAGAAGAGACAGCAGUAGAUACCCAGAAACUGAUUCAAUGUCCGGACAACGAUGUCCAGGAGGAGAUUGUUAAACAACGGAAAACAAAAAGUGCUGACUUACUGAAGAAAGAGCUAGAAAAACAUGGCAAGACUGGCACAAGAGAAUAUCUCGCUAAGGUGAACAUGGCUAUGUCAGUUUUGUAUGCACGACAAGUUCUCACCAGCCUGCUUGCUCAUUGGCCAGCUUACGGUCAUGUGAUCAACUCUGACCUACUUGGAUGUAAGGAAGUACAGCAGAUACCUUGUGUCCUUGACCUUCUAUAUAAAACAGGAAGUAGAGAUAAUUUCCAGAAAGUUGUCCAAAAUCUGGUCCACCAUUGUGAGAAAGCAAGCUUGGUACCAAUAGCUCGGACAGCUUGUCAGUUUAUGGAAGAAGUCACUAUGUCUGUGAUCACAAGAGAGUCGCAACACAAUUAUAAAACUGGUGAAAAUCAGUUGGUGAAAGAAAAGAUCCAGCUUCCUGGUGCCUCAUUCCUGACUGUCAACUUUGAUUCCAAGUGUUCAACAAAGGAAGAUGAUGUUCUAACAUUUAGUUCUUCAUCUGACAUGCAACAGAAUAGUUAUAAGAUGUCGGGAUCUUCUAGAGGUGUUUGGACCAGUUUCCAAAUUCCAGGAGAUACAAUAUACUAUGACUUUGAGACAGAGGUGAGCACAACACAUUCACACUGGGGUUAUAAAUUUACAGUAACAGCUGGUACAAGAGACAGCUUUGAGACCGGAUAUAUCAUCCUAAAUGAUGUACUUACAUCAAACAUGGCUAGAUGUUUACCAUUGAGCGAGUUAUGGACAUCUUUAGUUUAUGUAGCCAGCAAACAGACAGGAACCCAAAGACUGAAAACAAUUCAACUUCUCCUCAAGAUAGUUCAGACACAGCAUCGAGAUACAGAGUUAGAGAAGUUAGAUAUCAACCUUGGUCUUCUGAAGCCACUAUGGCAGUUAUAUAACAACAUAACAAAGCAAGAAUCUGAACCCAUUGUUAUACUACCACCAGUUUCACGUGCUCUUACUGAACUCUUCUUACAGGUGGAAAAUCUGGCUAUUGAAUGGAACAUGGUGAAUGAAUACCUGAUUCUGAUACAGGACAUUAGUGACCUAAAGAUGGCUGUUUCACAGGGUAUACAGCGUAUAGCAGCUGUAAGUCUAAUGAUUGGACACAUGAACCUGGCUACAGACCUUACAUUGGCUGCAUUGAGGAGGAAAAAAUCACAGGAAGAAAGUGCUGCUAAAUCAAAAAAGCAAUAACUCUCUAUCACAACUUAUUCUGAAACUUUUUUUCAUAUACUUAAAGAGAAAAAGUUCCAGUGAUGGUCUAUAUAAUUAUAGUUGAUGUUUAUGAAUUAUUGGAACUUUUUCCUUACGCUUAAAAAGGAAAAGUACCAGUGAGUGUUAUUAUAGUUUAUUAUGAAGUAUGAACUAUUUACUGGUAACUUUGAAUUUGUGUGUGUUAAGCUUAUGUUCAUGUACUUUUAAAUAUACUGCUUUAAUUAGAUUUACUUUCCUUUUGGUAUUGAAAUAUUAUGAUUUAUUAUGUUAUUACAUUAAUUUCUGUUGAUAAACUGCAUGCCUGAUAAAUUUAGCUUUAUCAGUCACCCUCAGCUUUAUCAGACACUUCAUCAAUACAUAUGGUAAUAAAAUGAAGAGAAUGGAUUAUUUUACUUCUUACUAGUUUGAAAAUAUUAAACUGAUAAACUUUGAAUCAAACAGAUUUUUUGAAUAUUAUAGUCUGUUACUUACAUUUGACUAAAAACAUUUGGGACUAUUUCUUAUAGAUAUGACCCUUGGCAUAUUACUGCGAGCAGCAUGAACUUUAGAGGUUAUUUCAUUUGAAAUUUAAAAAAAACACAUAUUGAAAUUGAAAACAUGAUGAAUAUAAUACCAAACAAGUGUGUGCUAUUACAAAAUUUUUCAGAUUGGCAUGAACAAAAUAAGGGCACGUCACAGCAUGGCUUUUCUCUUUUUUCCUUAGCCUUACCUGAUAAACUUGUAAUAUUAGGUACAAACAUGUUAUUCUCUACUUAGCCUAAGUUUAGGAAUUUUUUAUAUACAUACAUGUUGCAGUAUUGCCAACCAGCUGAAACCUUUUUUCCUGUGUAUUUCAAAUAUUUUAAAUAAUAAAAGAAAUUCAUCACUUGGAUAUUCUUAUGGAAAACAAAAUGUUGAUAAAGUUGUAUAGUGUCUGAGUGUGAACAUACAUGUAUAUAUAUGAUGAAUAAUAUUUUUGUGCUAUAUAUUUAUAUGUUAGAUUAUGUAUCCAACACUUGCCAAUAGCAUCCAUAUAUAAUUCUUUUGUGGUUUUGUUGGUUUGUUUUAAUAUGAUAAUACUAUCAACAUAAUUAUUUUUGGUUUUACUGAUCUUCUAUUAUAGACCAAUUCACUUUAAACUUUCAACUGCAAAAUGAAAGCCAGGUAAUUCAGCAGGAUUUUUUUAGGGUUAACAAUACAGUUGUUGUUUAGUGAUUUUAUUUCAUGUUUAUUGGUUCAUGUUGGUACGAUAUUGUUUAUUACACUUAUUGUAUUAAAAGAGAUCUUUUUUAUAGUUUCAAUGUUGGAAGAACAUACAUAUGAGCCGCGUCACGACAAAACCAACAUAAUGGGUUUGCGACCAGCAUGGAUCCAGACCAGCCUGCGCAUCCGCGCAGUCCGAUCAGGAUCCAUGCUUUUCGCUAACCAUCUCUUUUACGAAAAACUGAUAGUGAACAGCAUUGAUCCUGAUCAGACUGUGCAGAUGCGCUGGCUGGUCUGGAUCCAUCCUGGUCGCAAACACACUAUGUUGGUUUUGUUAUAACGCAGCUCAAUUAUGUGUUUGUAAUGAGUGAAAAAUCUCACUUUAAUUUUAUUAUUUACAUGUAUCUUACAUAAUUUUAGUGUGAACGUUUGAAAUGUCCUACUUAAGUGAGAAAUGUGUUCUUAUUUGAUAACAAGCAAAAUUAUCAACUUCUUAUACAACUUUAUGAUACUACAUGUCAGAAAAUAAUAUGUUGAAUUCUUAAUAAUGAUUUAGUAAGCUGUCUUGUCUCUAUUUUUCUGUGUAUUUAUAACUAAUACAAAACUACAUGUAUGGUAGGUUCUGCCUAUUACACACAAUGCUUUAUUAUAUUGUUUGUUGAUAUAGAUCCCUUUCAAAUGUAUGUUUAUAGACCCUCUUUGUUUUGUUGAUGUUAAGUAAUAGCAAAUAAGAAAUCACACAUUUUAAGGCUUAAAACUAUGUCAAAAUAGUACCAUGCAACCUAGAAUGGAUUUAACAACAACAAAUAGCAGACAGCUUCUUGUAAGACUGGACUAUUUAAUAUAAAAGCUCCUCUUUCCUCCUCAUGGAAGUCUAAAUGUUAACUAGGAUUUAAACGCACUUGGCAAGAGCAGUUUCUAUUUUUUUUUUAUCAACUUAAAUAUAGUACUCAUUUGAAGCGAAACACCUUGUAUAUAUGUCAUCUGAGAGCAUUGCUUGGGCUCUCAAUUUAUAUCUUGUAUCCUUAUAAACCACCACUUGUGAAGCUAUAGUGAUAUAGUGUAACAUAGUUUCAAAAUUUCUGUCAAUGAUGUUUUAAAAGACAUAAGAUUGAACAAUUCAUGUGUGCUCUUGUGUAGAUAAUAAAGUGCUGAGUUAUUUAAAAGUUUUAAAGUUACUUACUAAAUUACUAAAAUCUAAAUCUACAUGUAAUUUUACUAAUUCAUUGAUAGUUUCUGAAAAUGACUAGAAUGUCUUGUUUGAUAUUGUAAGAUAUGAAACUUGUUUUAAUAUUGUUUUUGUAUUUGUUGAGAGUGGUAAUUAACGAACUAAUAAAUCUGUGAUAAAAACA